ACGUAGGACGUACGUGCUACGUGACGUGGUGAAACAAGGCGCCCUGCUGCCUGGCGCUCAGUUUAAAGAGUCUGAGUGUGAGCGUGUUCAUGUGCAGCUCUGCCUCAUCAGCAUCCACAUCUCAUCUGAAGCGGAGGACAUGUCCAGAGACAGCAUGCCCCUGCAGGAUCUGCCCUGCAUGAGUCUUCAGGGCUCCAUGUUGUCUCAGUCCAAGAGGACCAUCAAACGCAAGUCCAGAGGCUGUCUCAGCGAGGGCCUGGACACUGAAUGUACCCCAACGGAUCUCAUCCAGCAGUGGUCACCGAGCCACAAGCACCAGCGGCUCAUCAGCAAGGGGAAAGAAAAUGACUGCAACCAGUUUGUCCUGGCCAGGAGGUCGAGGAGGAGAAAGGAGUCCACAUCAGGCAUUUCAUGGGACAGCCUACCCGAUGAGCUGCUCCUCAGGGUCCUCUUCUACCUCCCUCUGCAGCACCUCCUCAGGAUGUCUGUCGUCUGCAAACGCUGGCAUCGCUUGGCGUUUGAUGAGUCUCUGUGGCGCGGUGUGGAUCUGGAGGGGUUGACCCACAUGGGCCCAGCUCUGCAGCAGGUGCUGAAGACUGGAGUCCGCAGGCUGCGCUGCCCUCGCUCCUUCGUGGAAGAGCAGCAUUUCACAGGGACAGGCCCACUGCAGAUCGUUCAGAUGGAUCUGUCCAGCUCCAUCAUCCCCACCUCCGCUCUGGAGAGCAUCAUCUGUCGCUGCAGGCUGCUAGAACAUCUGAGCCUGGAAGGUCUGCAGCUGUCAGACGUCAUCAUCAACGCCCUGUCCAAGAACCCAAACCUGCUGCAGCUCAACCUGGGCGGCUGCUCCGGCUUCUCGGCUCCAGCGCUGGCUGACAUGCUCAAGUCCUGCUCCAGUAUAGAGCAGCUGAACAUAUCAUGGUGUGACUUCAACAACAGUCACGUGAAGAGUGUUGUUGAUAAUGUGAGUGCCGGUGUUACUCAGCUCAACCUCAGCGGGUACAGAGAGAGCCUAACACUAGACGUGUGUGUGUUUACAGAUGUGAAGGUGCUGGUGACAAGAUGCCCCCACAUCGAGACUCUAGACUUAAGUGACAGCACUCUGCUGAUGGCUGACAGCUUCCCCGUCCUCAAACAGCUCAAGUGCCUGCAGCAUCUGUCCCUGAGUCGCUGCUAUCACAUUCACCUCGCCGCUCUCACUGACCUGGGUAAGAUGUUUCCCAUGUUGUGCCUGCUGGAUGUGUUUGGCGUCGUACACAACAGCCACCUGCCCUCUCUGAAGAAGGAGAUGCCUCACGUCUCCAUCAACUCCAGGCCUUUCUCCAACAUCGCCCGGCCCACGCCCGCCAGCAGGCUCGUCGGCUGCCUCAGUGACCGGGCCAUGUGGAACAGGAAGUGUCAGCUGAGGUUCAAACUGUAACCACGGCAACUCAUGUUUUUAAGCUCUGUUAGUUUUCUGUUGCGAGUUGAGUGUUUGUUGCUGCAGUAUUCCAGCACAUCCAGGGAGUCGGCCCACCGGCGGGAUGGUGCCAUGUUUCAGUGUUGCUGCUACAGAAGAUGCUUUUAGUGUUGGCUGGCAUGAACGGUACUGAAGGUCAGUUACUGGACUGUUCUUUGAAGUGGGUUUCUGUGAGGUACUGAUCCACAGACAGUGUUUUACCUACAGUAGACAACAGCAGCAUGAAGCUAAGCAGUGUACUGCUGUGGAAGGCACAGCAACAAAACAGGUUUAGGCACAUAAAAAUGUAAACGCUGACGUGUUCAUAUCGCUCUCUCAAAGCCACCAGAAACAAAACACAGGAGUCUGGUCUGCCACUGCCUCCACUGUGUGUUUGUGACUUUGGUGCCAUACCAUGUUAACUUGGAUCAGCCCUAACGUGAUAAAGGACCAAGGUCACAGAAUAACAGACUUGACCUGAAGCAGUUAAAAACCUUUUUAAAGGCACCAGGAAAAAAAACCAUUUUAUCUUGCAGAUGGGAGUUGCUGGUCUACUGCCUUGAUCCACAGUAACUAACAUGUUCAAACUCAACACAGACUAACCAACCAAUCAGGGCAGCAAUGCCGGAGACCGAAGACUGUUCUGUGCUGUUUUUGUCAAAGAAGUCUGGUAGUUUUGAAGAGCUUGAUGAGAAACACUUCAGUUUCCUAUAGGAACCGCUGCUGAAGGCUGCUGUCUAACGCAGUGAAAGAAACUCGGGUGCACUGACAGCCUUCUACUGACUGUGGAUCAAUACCUCAUACAACCACACUUCAAUAAAUCCAGACUGUCUUUAAGUACUGAACAUGUUAGCCUGUAGAGAAAUGUAAUACUUUAUUUAGGACGGUCACAUUGUUCUUGUUGGAAUGUGUUAACACAAACUUGUAGUGGAUUUUUGAAUCUGUUUUAGGUUCUAAUGUGUUAAUUUAAAAUAUUUUUAAGUGAAAGCUGGUUUAAAGGCUUGAUUUUUGAAAUGUUGACGUCUGUAAAUAUCUGGGACACUUGAUUCCUCAGACAUUUUAAUAAUCCUGAUGGCAGAAAUGUGCUGCUGUCCACUGUAAUAAUGAGAAGAGUUGAUUUUAAUCAGUGAAGAAGUUUUAAUGUAAAACGAUGAACCUGGAAUGUCGACACUAGCUUUGAACAUGACGUUAACAUGCAGGCUCACACAUUGCCUGGACCGUGUGAUCAUUAAUUCUCUCCAGCUGAUUUUCUGACCAGCUCAUUAUGUCAGUGUGCAUGUGCUGUAUGCUCUCUGCUCUGUUACCAUUUUAAUCACACGUCAGACAGACUGAACUUUAAAGGAACAUGACUUUUAUCUUGUGAGCUGUUCAUUUCCCUUCUGAGUCUCAAGUAAACCACAGAAUACACAAAC